CAUACGAGGUUCUUUGUCCCAGAAGCCCAUUGUAUAGAGCUGAGGAAACCCUGUGCCGUGAGCAGCCAUCUUGAGCCAGGAUAACCUGCAAACCUCUUCUGAACAGCUCCCGAUUUAAUUCCUGAGCCACGAUGGCCACUGCACCAUAUAACUACUCCUACAUUUUCAAAUACAUCAUUAUUGGGGACAUGGGUGUAGGAAAGUCCUGUUUGCUUCAUCAGUUCACAGAAAAGAAAUUUAUGGCAGACUGCCCUCAUACAAUCGGAGUGGAGUUUGGUACAAGGAUAAUCGAGGUGAGCGGACAGAAAAUCAAGCUGCAGAUUUGGGACACAGCAGGACAGGAACGCUUCAGGGCCGUCACCCGCUCCUACUACCGCGGGGCUGCAGGGGCACUUAUGGUCUACGACAUUACCAGGAGAAGCACUUACAACCACCUGAGCAGCUGGCUUACUGAUGCCAGAAACCUCACCAAUCCCAAUACUGUCAUCAUUCUCAUAGGAAACAAAGCUGACCUGGAGGCCCAGAGGGAUGUCACGUAUGAGGAAGCAAAGCAGUUUGCCGAGGAGAACGGUUUAUUGUUUCUGGAAGCCAGUGCAAAAACAGGUGAAAAUGUUGAGGACGCCUUCCUCGAAGCUGCUAAGAAAAUCUACCAGAAUAUCCAAGAUGGCAGUCUGGACCUGAACGCUGCAGAGUCAGGGGUGCAGCAUAAGCCAUCGGCGCCUCAGGGCGGUCGACUAACCAGUGAACCCCAACCCCAGAGGGAAGGUUGCGGCUGCUAAUGACCAAGCAAAAGCCCCCCCUGCGCGCCCUCUGUUCUUCUUUCUGUUCUGCCCGUCCUCCCUUGAGCAACCCCCGCAUCCAUUUCGACACCUUUGUCUGUUCAUCCCUCACUGCACCAGGAGCUGCAUGAAAGCAGGGCUGUGGAGAAAAGGAAGGGUGAACAUCAACUUAUGCCAGACUAAGCUCGGCUGUGUGGACUACAUAUCUCCCUCCUCCUCUGCCUGUCUUUCUUUGUUGCUGUCUCACUCUUAAUGUCUCACAUUCUUAUCAGUGUAUUUUUGUCCCAUAACACCUGCUCCACUCCACUCAUCGUCCUGCAACAUUCAGUCUAGUCCUCCCCAUCAGCACUGUAGAAGUUUCACACGCCACUUUUCAGUUAUGUAUAAAUCGAUAUUCCCAAACUCUUCAGAUGCAUGGUUUGAUUUUGACCUCGUCAUGCAGAUACGAGCCGUUUCAUUUGAAUGAGGGCAGAAUGUCAUAAAGUAAUUUAUUAAGCAGCUACACAGCAGGAAUGAAUAGCUAGGAAAGCUGUUCCUCCUCCUCUUUCCUGCUUGGAAUAGAAUUAACUUUUUGUCAUUUCUCAGUAACUCGGGAGAGAUGCAGUGUGGAAAAGUACAACAAAAUAUGGCCACCAUUAAUUUUAGGAAUUACUUGCUCACCACUAUCUUUUGAAAUCUCACAAGGAGUCUUUGGUGUUUUCCAGCUGGUAUGAAUUCCAAUUAGCUGGAUGGAUGUCUCUUUUAAUUUUUUUUAGGACUCAUUAAGACGUCACUUUAAUCAUAAUUUACAUCACUUUCUUAUUCAGCUUUCGUCAUGCAUCCAACCCCCCAUAUCUCUCCUCUCACCAUCAUGUCAGCACGUCUUUACCAGCAUUUGUUCUGUCGUUGUUGCCUUAUUAGAACUGUUCUUUUAGUCCUCAUUUUUUGCUGCACUUCACCCUGAUUCGAUAAAUUUUCUCUUGUAGAAUCGCUCUUACAUUCUAUUAGAAAGUCAAAUGUUUUCCAGUGGUCUUUAAAUCGCAACUAUUUGGAGCUGGUUUGUUGUUUUUCUGGACACAUCAAGCAGCAUGCCCCCUACUUGAAACAUGAAGUUGUAAAACAAAACAAAAUAAUACAAGUUUAUGUCCUUCAAGUACAGUUUCUCUGUAAAAUAGCAGUUCCCUGACUGAACAGCUUUAUAUAUAUAUUGCUUCUUAACUACUGGUGAUGACCUUGCUACUGUUUGUUAGUUUAAGAAAUUUGUCUGGUGGUCCUGCCAAGGUCUGCACAGUUGGUGUGUUAGUGGGUUGCCUGUAAUUCAUGCUUGGGGAAAUUCUGUAACAUAGUUUCUAUUAAUAAAUGUAUGUAAAGGAGACACACCCAGACGAGCCCUCUCCACCGACCACCCCGUCUGCACACUACCGAGUUAGCCAAUGCGCUGAGGAGAGAAGCUGGUUUGAUAUGCAGGUUUUAUUUAUGUCGGCAAACGUCAUUUCUGUACAGUUUAGAGAAUGGGGGGCAUGUUUGUGUUCAGACUCUGCUUUAUUUUUCCACCCCAUCAAGGCCGCUCCCUGCUGGAGGAGCACUGCAUCGCUGUCUUAACUUUUUGGGGAGCAGGGAUUGGUUUAUUAUUGUGGGUGCGGUGGGCUUCCCUUCUGCCACCUUUCCCACUUCUUUGCAGUUUGAGUGACCACUUCCUGCUUUGUCAAAGCAAAAAAAAAAAAAAAAAAAACAAGUAAAUAUGUAUAAAUUUUUAAGAAGCUGUGCUAACAUUUAAAUGCGUUCUUUGCGUGUAUAUGAUUUUAAAAUGUUGACAUUUUGAUUUUAAUGACAAAAUACUCUAGUCAGAAAAAAAUAAAUUAUACAUAACCUGA